AUGGGUGAAGCAGCACCACAACACUGGAUGGAUCCACGAUGCAUUGAUGAUUACCGACCUCUUCGUGUGAUCGUGGUUGGAGCUGGUAUCUCCGGCAUCCUGGCAUCGAUCCGAUUGCCUCAGAGAAUCUCGAACCUGUCGCUCCAAGUAUAUGAGAAGAACUCUGAUGUCGGCGGCACUUGGUUUGAAAAUCGAUACCCGGGAUGUGCUUGUGACAUUCCCGCACAUACGUACCAGGCGACAUUCGAGCCUAAUCACGAAUGGUCGCAGUUUUAUGCCACGUCGCAAGAAAUCCAUCGGUAUUGGAAGAAAGUCGUCGCCAAGUAUGACUGUAUGCGACACAUCAAGCUCAACCAUCAGAUUGUCAAGGCCCAAUGGGAUGAAUCGCAAGGAAAGUGGCAAGUACAGGUCAAGAACACUCAAGACGGUAGCAUCAUAGAUGACUCUUGUGAUGUGCUGUUGUCGGCCACCGGUGCGUUGAACGACUGGAAGUGGCCUCAGAUCCCAGGUCUUCAAGACUUCAAAGGGAGUUUGUUGCACAGUGCAAGUUGGGAUGAAUCUUUCGACUGGACGAACAAACGGCUGGCAGUCAUCGGCAAUGGUUCCAGUGGCAUCCAGAUCGUGCCAGCGGUGCUGGCCAAGUCCAACCAUGUGGACCAUUAUAUUCGAGGCCGAACGUGGCUAUCGCCGACCUUUGCACGAGAGAAGGUCGAUUUGAUGGGGAAAGGCCUUGACAAUUUCUCUUUCUCGGAAGAAGAUAUCAAACGAUUCCAGACCGAUCCUGAUUUCUACGAAAAGUUCCGAAAGGAUAUCGAACUCGAACUCCAGACUGUGCAUGCCGUGACGAUGAAAGGAACUCCCGAGCAACUUGGGGCUGUUGAGGUGUUUACCGAAAAUAUGAAACGGCGUCUGGAAGGCAAGCCUUCCCUGGUGGACACUCUGAUGCCUUCGUUCCCUCCGGUGUGUCGACGAUUGACGCCAGGGCCUGGCUACCUCGAGGCCUUGACUGAUCCCAAGGUUGAUGUGAUCACGACGGGGAUUGAAAAGGUCGAUGCGACUGGAAUUAUCACGACUGAUGGCCAGCAUCAUCCUGUGGACGCCAUCAUUUGCGCGACGGGCUUCGAUACCACAUUCAGCCCUCGAUUCCCCAUUAUCGGUCAACGAGGUGUCACUAUGGCUGAGAAGUGGAAGGACAUUCCUUCAACAUACCUGUCGUUGGCCACGGAUGGAUUCCCUAACUACUUUAUCUCACUGGGGCCGAAUUCAGCACUGGGAACGGGGAAUCUCCUGCUUCUGAUCGAGAAGGUCAUUGACUAUGUCACUUUUUGUCUGGCCAAGAUGCAGAGAGACAACAUCCGAAGCAUGGCGCCCCGGCCAGAUGCUGUCGAGACCUUUGUCAAGUACUGCGAUGAAUAUUUUUCGACCACGGUCUUCUCCAUGGACUGCCGGAGUUGGUAUAAGGGCGGUACCUCAGAUGGCCGAGUCAGUGCGCUCUGGCCGGGAUCUUCACUGCAUUCCAUGAGGGCGCUCGCGCAUCCUCGGUGGGAGGACUUUGUUUACGAGUAUGAGAGCGAGAACCCGGCUACGUGGAUUGGAAACGGUUGGACGGUCAACGAGAGGGACAAGAAGGUCAAUGUGAAUUACCUGAACAGGGAUCAGAUCGACUUUCCUGCAGUUCCAUCUUGA